UCUGGGGCUUGGAGUUCAGAAGGAAGCUGAGAAUCUUGCUGAACCCUGACUCACCCUUGCUGGUCCUGGGGUCUGGAAGAUUGAAGGAGGGGACCCUUCAGCUCUGAGGUUUCCCUAGAGCAGCCCGGUGCCAUGGCAACCCACCUGCUACCCAUCUGCGCUCUCUUGCUGACCUUGUCCACCGCCACAGCCCGAGGAUCCAGGGACUCUGUGGUCCUCAACCAGCCCUUCUCCACCAUCUGGAACGCCGACACCCAGGGGUGCCUGGAGGAUCACAACAUAGAUGUGGAUGUCAGUGUCUUUGAUGUGACAGUGAACCCAAAUCAGGCCUUCCGUGGCCCUGACAUGACCAUUUUCUACAGCUCCCAGCUGGGCACCUACCCCUACUACACAUCCAAGGGGGAGCCAGUGUUCGGUGGCCUGCCCCAGAAUGCCAGCCUGGAUACCCACUUGGCCCGCGCAUUCCAGGACAUCCUGGCUGCCAUUCCUGAGUGCAAUUUCUCUGGGCUGGGUGUCAUUGACUGGGAGUCGUGGCGCCCACGCUGGGCCUUCAACUGGGACAGCAAGGACAUUUACCGGCAGCGAUCCAGAGCACUGGUCCGGGCAAAGCACCCCCACUGGUCGACUAGCCAGGUGGAAGAGGCAGCCAGGAAACAGUUCCAGGCAGCUGCACAGGCCUGGAUGGGGGACACGCUUAAGCUGGGGCAGACACUGCGACCCGGUGGCCUCUGGGGCUUCUAUCAAUUCCCUGAAUGCUUCAACUAUUACGAUCAUAGCCCUCACUACACAGGCGAGUGCCCACUGAACAUCCGUGAUGAAAAUGACCAGAUGGGGUGGCUGUGGAACCAGAGCAGUGCUCUCUACCCAAGUAUCUACCUGUCUGCCUCGCUGAAGGGCACUGGGAAGUCACAGCUGUUUGUGCGGCACAGAGUGGGCGAGGCAUUCCGAGUGGCCAGGGGUGUUGGGAAGCCGCAUCUGCCUGUGCUGCCGUACCUUGAGAUCUUCUAUGAAAUGACAAAAACCUUUCUGCCCCUGGAAGAACUGGAGCACAGCCUUGGAGAGAGUGCAGCCCAAGGAGCGGCAGGAGUGGUGUUCUGGGUGAGCUGGGAGGACACAAGAACCAAGGAAUCAUGCGAGGGCAUCAAGAGAUAUGUGGACACCAUGCUGGGGCCCUUCAUCCUCAACGUGACAAGUGGGGCUCGUCUGUGCAGUGAGGCCCUGUGCUCCAGCCAUGGACGCUGUGUCCGGCGCCCCAGCCACCCUGAUGCCCUCCUCAUCCUCAACCCUGCCAGUUUCUCCAUCAACCGCCAGCCUGGUGGUGGGCCCCUCACCGUGGAAGGGGACCUCUCACCUGAGGAUCUGGAGCAGAUGGCUACAGAAUUCGAAUGUCGCUGCUACCAAGGAUGGAGUGGCGCAGGUUGUGAGCAGCAGGGCACAUGGUAACUGGCCACAAGUCUCUCAUACACACACACACACACACACACACACACACACACACACUCAUUGGAGUACCUAAUGCACUUAGCUUGCCCAGACUCAACAGUCUGCUCAGGGUCAGGGAAAUGGCUCAAAGGGCUACAGUACAUGAUCAGGAGGCCAAAGGCCUCAGUUUCAUACCUGAUUCAGGACCUGGUGCCAUCUUGCUCUUGAGCACAGAGCCCAAGGUAAGCCCUGAGCAUGGGGUUGGUGUGGCCCAAUAAUGAAAAUCAAAGAAGAGAAUAAAAAGAAAGCACAAACAGGAAGAAGAGCUCUGGAGCUCCUAAGGUGUGAUGGUCAGGCCAACAGCCCAGGAUGACACCUAAUUCACUCAGAAGCACCAGCCCCUGACACUAGAGCAUGCAUGUUUCUUGUUUGGAAAGCUAAUUUUUGAGCACCAAAAAUGAUCGCAGCACAACCGAUGGCUGGUUAUGGGCAUCUAUAUACAAACUUAAGCACUAAUGUAACCCUUGCACAUA